AUGGCACUCGAUGCAAAGACAAGAGGUGGAUUUCUGAUGGAAUACAUCAGAGCCCCCAGGGCAAAGUACACAAUAGUAGGAGAAGCUAUACGUUAUGUCAUUCCUGAACAUAUGCAAUGCUCAAUCGGCUGUGGAGGUCAAGCCUGCAAGUAUGACAACCCAAGUUACUGGAGUGAUGACCAACAGGCCAUAAAAGGCCUCUACUCAUCCUGGGUCACUGAUCAUCUUCUCGCUAUGUCCAGACCUUCAACAGAAAUCAUUGAGAAGUAUAACAUCAUUGAUCAAUUCAGAAGGAAUGAUAUUAAAACAGUGAUCAACCUACAGAUACCUGGUGAACAUGCCAGCUGCGGAAACCCUCUGGAACCACAGAGCGGCUUCUCAUACCGCCCAGAGGUCUUCAUGGAAAACAACAUUUAUUUCUACAAUUUUGGCUGGAGUGACUAUGGAGUGGCCAGUCUCACCACUUUGCUGGACAUAGUGAAGGUCAUGGCCUUUGCACUGCAGGAAGGAAAGGUAGCAGUCCACUGUCACGCUGGUCUCGGCAGAACAGGUGUGCUGUUAGCAAGUUUUUUAGCCUAUGCUACCAGGAUGACUGCUAACCAGGCUAUAUUAUUUGUACGUGCUAAACGCCCAAAUUCCAUCCAGACCCGAGGUCAGCUGCGUUGUGUCAGACAGUUUGUCCAGUUUCUUGCCCCUUUGAGGAGUGUGUUUUCCUGUGCUGAGCCUCGAUACAAACCAGUAACCCUUUCCCAGUACCUGAACUGCCAGAGACACAUACUGCAUGGCUAUGAGAGGAAGGAGCUGAGGCACCUGCCAAAGAUUGUUCAGCUAGUGUCUCGGUUGCUGUUGGAUAUUGCAGAGAAUCGACAGGUGAUAGAGGAAGACAUCCUGGAGGCCCCUGAUAUAGAUGACAUAGAAAUGACCCUCAGGAUCAUUGAGAAGAUGGGCCCUGAAUUAUUUGCAAAGGAGCCUCGCUUACCAGGUAUUCCGACCUUACCUAGACAUUUCCACGAGCCACCCAUCUUCUACCAUCGCAAAAGUCUGAGCUACAGUGAGUCCGACUUGAGACGACUGGGCUCACAGCUCAACCUCCUCACACAGCCUCUCAGCUCCUUCUCAACAGGUUCACUCUGGCAAAUCAAGAAUGUAGAAAACCAAAAAGAUGGAUCCAUUCUGCUGAAGAAAAUAAAGCACAAUGCCAUCCAACGCAGUGAGUCUGUGGGAUACAAUGAAUCUGACAAAAAAGGGAGCAUCUUGUCCAGGUGGAAGGCAGAGCAGAGGGAAGAGCUAGUAAUGAAUGGGAGGAAGUGUCACGGUAGAGAAGAGGAGCUAUCAGACAAAUCAGAGGUGCCCUACAUCACCCUGCAGUCAGAAUUGUCCCUGGAUGCGAGGAGGUUGCUAGUAGCACAAGCCCUGGCUGUGGACCUUUUUCUUGAUGGGGAAGAGCAGCACAAGAGCAAAGUCUUGGCCUGGCAGGCAGAACUGAACCAAGGAGGUGGCUGGGAAAGGCUGUGCAUGGAGCGGGAUCCCUUCAUCCUCACUGGUCUCAUGUGGGCAUGGCUGGAGCAGCUUAAAGAGCCGGUCAUCUCCGUCCAGGAAGCCAAAGCCUUCAAUCCUGGCAACACUGAUGCUCAAACUGUCCUCAACACACUUGACCAGGCCCCAAAGGAAACAUUAAAGUGCAUACUGGAUUGUAUGGCUCAUAUGCUGAUGAUACCAGAAGAGGUUGAAAAGGCAUUCCUGAAUCGUACUAUUAAGGCUUUCACCUGGAUGGAAAAUAACUCCGAGGAUGGAAGCAAAACAUACGAGUCCAUGACUACAGUCCUACAGUGUGUCCUGGAGGACAUGAGAUAUAUGGCCGUUGAGGCAGAUAAGAAGUCUAUUAUGUCUCCGUUCCUUUAA